AAUACCUAUAAAAAGACUAGGAACUCAUUAAUCGGUGUGAUCUGCAUUCUGGAUUCGUUGCAAGUCUCGGGACUUCAUUGCAGACUCACUCAUAUAAAGGCAAAACCGAAGAAUAAGGUCGUCAUUCGACCUCCGGCCAAACCGUUCAUCAGUGGACACCUGUGGAAGCCACCGACGAUUCUGAACAGAAUGCCAGAACCGGAGGGUGUCAAGCAUAUGCUUGAGAUGGACAAAGAUCUGCCACCGAAGAUCUUAGAGGUAGCUUGCAAGCAGGGUGAAGAUCCGGAGAAGACAUGCCAGAAGGUUCAGGAGCUGAGGGAUAUGAUUUACGAACGAGGAGGCUGUCAACCCCACCGGAUGGAUGAUGAUUACCUGAUAAGAUUCCUAAGAGCUCGCUUCUGGAAGGUGGAGAACGCUUACAAACUGAUGUGCCGAUACUAUCAAUUCCGGGAUAGCAACGUAGAGCUUUACGAGAACGUUAAUCCCAUGACGCUUCGGUCACUCGGGGACGACAAUAUUAUGUCGAUCUCACCCUACCGCAACCAGGAGGGUAGGCGUGUGCUGUUUUUCAAAUUUGGCAACUGGCGACCAUCAAAGGUUCCGGUGAAUGAUCUCUUCAAAGCGACACUUCUAAUGUUGGAAGUAGGCUCUCUAGAACCGGUGUCCCAGGUUGUUGGUGGAGUUGGCAUCAUGGACAUGGAAGGUUUCUCACUGAACCACGCAUGGCACAUGAGUCCAUCGGUGGCACAGAAGAUCAUCGCUCUACUGGUGACUUGUAUGCCAGUUCGGACUACGGAGAUCCAUAUCGUAAACCAGGGUUGGGUAUUCGAUACCGCUUUUCAGGUGUUAAAACCUAUGCUGAAUGAUCGAAUGCGGGAACAGCUUUUCUUCCACGGUACGGAUCGGGCGUCGCUGCACAAACACAUCGAUCCGGAGUUCCUUCCGGAACGAUACGGUGGUACGAAACCGGAGUAUUCGUACACCUAUUGGUUAGAUCACCUAUGUGGGAUUGAGAAGGUGGUUCACGAGUUGGAACAGCUGGGGUAUGUGGCUGAUCCAGCCAGCGAGGAAUAACCAAAGCACACGUUUAAACGUGGUGACGUGUCUGUGAUCUAUCAAUAUGCGACUGCUACACGAUUUGCGAUUUGAGUAAAUAGUUUUAUUGAUGGGGUUUCCUGUUCUUAGGGUAUAGAAUGAAGGUAGCGUCACUUUGGACGAAUUUUGUGCCUUUUUACAGUGGGAGCUAGCAUUCCACUGCAAUAGAUU